AUGGCGGCGAGAAGGUCUAACCUCGGUAUUUAUGAAAAGAUUAACUUUCCUUUGGGCAUUAGCAUACAAGAAUCCUACCAAAUCAAGGAUUCACUCUCGAAUCUGACACAAUCUCGCUAUCGACAGUUGGAGUCGUACCCAUGGCAGAAAUCGCCCGACGGUUUCCUCCUAUCGACCUCAAAGGUCGAAUGUCGACAACUAUGUCAGCAUGCCCAAGAAUUCGUGAGACCACCUCACACAGUAGCACAUCAGUGGACCCUCGAUGACAGAUACGGGAAAAAAUUCUCUAAUGAAAAGAAUAGCACCCUUGGGAUGCCAAAAAAACAAACCCUCACCAGCUUCAUCCUGUAUAGAAAAGAGAUCAAGAUCUUGACGAAUUCGACGUUGGUCCCACCAUUUGUCCUCCUCCUCGAAGUGGAGAUAAGCUUUAAUGUGUUCCGCACUCUCCCAUACGGUACCAUAUAUUCCUUGCAGCAUUGGUUUAUGUGA